AAGGGGUGGGAAUAGAAAACAGUCAGAAGUUAUUCUGUCUUCUGUUCUGUGCUUGCGCGCCUUCAAUGAGUUGAAUUCAUUCAUAGCAGGACUCAGAAUGGAGGAGACGUUGCAACAAGAGACACAAGAGUCGGAAUAUAAAAAUCCCAAUGAGGACCAAGGUGGGAUCCGUCGCAGGUUGCGAGACAGGGACCUUCUCAGGAAGAGAAAGGCUGAAGCAGAAGAGAAGGAGACUAACCAGUGGGUUUUGGGGGUGGAGAGACAGAGGAAAAGACCCAGGGCUGAUGGUGGCAUGAAGAGGAGGGGAAGGCCCAGGAAGAGCGAGCCCCCACCGGAGAUAUCUGUCAUUCUGGAGGAGGCAGAAAACCCUCCAGAUGCUCCUGCAGUAGUGGUGGUGCCUGAGCCUGCUGAGUUCAUCCCAGAUCAAACACCAGGCUCUCUGACGCCCUCACUUGCUGUGGAACCACAACCUCCAACUGUCCUUGCCACCCCGGCUCCUCCACUGGUGUUUGGAUCCAUCCAAAGCCCCAUCUUUGCUCCCACUCUGACGUCUCCAGCUUUCGUUGACCCGACACCAGCCUCUUUUUCACCAUCAGCUCUGGCUCCAUCUCUAGCUGCAGCUCUGGAUAUGGCGCCAAUCCCUGUCCAAGAAUCACCUGUCCAAGAUUCAGCUCCAGCUCCAGCUCCAGACACUGUCCCAGCUCCAGCUGUGACCCAAGCCCCUGUUCCAGCUGCAGAUCCUGCUCCUCCCACAGCUCCUCCCCAGGUGACCUUCUACUCAGAGUCUCAAGGCAGGGAGCCCCUUGCCCCAGUCCUGAUUGAGGACUUGGGCCCAGAUGAGGAAGAAGACAUUGCUCCAUCUCAAGACAAAAAGGCUGAUGAAGAGUUGACUGAGACACCGUUGAUCAACGUAUCCGAACAAAACGAAACGUUCUCAACUCUAACCUUGACCUCAACGCCUCCUCCACAAAGAUAUUUCCCAGGAUUCUAAUUCUCCAAAACGCACUUUUCAGAUACUGCCUCGACUCAGACUACAUCCUCUUUGUACCUGAGUAUAAUUUUGGUUAGUGUGCAGCCUGUUGGUUGCAGAGAACAAACACGUUGAGCAUAUAUGCAUUGCUUAUUUGACAAAUGUAUGAAUUCAAACCCAACCUGUAUGCUUAUUUAUUCUGGUGGUGUGCUUCACUGCGAAGCUCAUGAAUUCUAUUUUGUAUUUUGCAUUUAGUAAACUGCAAAUUUUGCUUGAUUGUAUUUAAAAGUAAAUGGUAUAAAUCACUGGUAAUGAUUGUGUUUGUAAUUGUGGAUUUAUUUGAUAGACUUUUGUAAAAGUUGUUUUUCACCGAAUAAAAUAAAAAUGCUUACAAUCAUC